AAAAGGGGAGACAGGAAUUGUUUCACCUGCACUCAGUGUGGAAAGAGUUUUGGAAGACAAAGCAGUCUUAAAAUUCACAUGAGGAUCCACACUGGAGAGAAACCAUUCACAUGCACCAAGUGUGGGAAGACUUUCAGCCAAAUAUCAUCCCUUAAUCAACACAUGAGGAUCCACACUGGAGAGAAACCAUUCACAUGCACCCAGUGUGGGAAGACUUUCAGACAAAUAACAGCCCUUAGCAAACACAAAAAAAUCCACACUGGAGAGAAAUCUUUCACAUGCACUCAGUGUGGGAAGAGUUUCAGCCAAUCAUCAUCCCUUAAUAGUCACAUGAGGAUCCACACUGGAGAGAAACCAUUCACAUGCACUCAGUGUGGGAAGAGUUUCAGCACAUCAUCAUCCCUUAAUCUACACAAGAUGAUUCACACUGGAGAGAAACCAUUCACAUGCACUUUGUGUGGGAAGAGUUUCAUCCAAUCAUCAUCCUUUAAUCUACACAUGAGGAUUCACACUGGAGAGAAACCCUUCACAUGCACCCAUUGUGGGAAGAGUUUCAUCCGCUCAUUAUCCCUUGAUCUACACAUGAUGAUCCACACUGGAGAGAAACCCUUCACAUGCACCCAGUGUGGGAAGAGUUUCAGCCAAUCAUCACACCUUAAUCAACACAUGAUGAUCCACACUGGAGAGAAACCCUUCACAUGCACCCAGUGUGGGAAGAGUUUCAGCCAAUCAUCACACCUUAAUCAACACAUGAUGAUCCACACUGGAGAGAAACCCUUCACCUGCACUCUGUGUGGGAAGAGUUUCAGCCAAUCAUCAUACCUUAAUCUACACAUGAUGAGCCACACUGGAGAGAAACCAUUCACAUGCACUCAGUGUGGGAAGCGUUUCAGCAAAUCGUCAUCCCUUAAUCUACACAUGAGGAUCCACACUGGAGAGAAACCUUUCACAUGCACUCAGUGUGGGAAGAGUUUCAGCCAAUCAUCACACCUUAAAAAACACAUGAGAAUCCACACUGGAGAGAAACCAUUCACAUGCAUCCAGUGUGGUAAGAGUUUUAACUGCUCAUCAUCCCUUAAUCAACACAUGAGAAUCCACACUGGAGAGAAAUCAUUCACAUGCACUCACUGUGGGAAGAGUUUCAACCAACCAUCACACCUUAAUCACCACAUGAGGAUCCACACUGGAGAGAAACCAUUCACAUGCACUCAGUGUGGGAAGAGUUUCAGCAUAUCAUCAUCCCUUAAUCUACACAUGAGGAUCCACACUGGAGAGAAACCUUUCACAUGCACUCAGUGUGGGAAGAGUUUCAGCCAAUCAUCACACCUUAAAAAACACAUGAGAAUCCACACUGGAGAGAAAUCAUUCACAUGCACUCACUGUGGGAAGAGUUUCAACAAAUCAUCAUCCCUUAAUCUACACAUGAGGGUCCACACUGGAGAGAAACCAUUCACAUGCACUCUGUGUGGGAAGAGUUUCAGCCAAUCAACAAGCCUUAAUGAACACAUGAAGAUCCACACCGGAGAGAAACCAUUCACUUGCACUCAGUGUGGGAAGAGUUUCAUCCGCUCGUCAUCCCUUAAUAUACACAUGAGGAUCCACACUGGAGAGAAACCAUUCAAAUGCACUCAGUGUGGGAGAAGUUUUAGCAAAUCAUCAUCCCUUAAUCUUCACAUGAUGAGCCACACUGGAGAGAAAUGAUUCACCUGCUCCUAAGCCAUGGUCACACUGGACUUUUCUCCCCAUAGACUUCCAUACAUACGCACGUGAAUGCGUCAGACCGGAAACGCAAGUUCUUGCAUCAAGUUUCGCAGUUCACUACCUUGCAAAGUUCAAGCUUGGUGAACUCUGACCUGCGAAAUCGCAUCACUUGACUGUGUCAGACCAAUCGAAGAUCAAAACAUGACCUCGCUGGACCAAAAUGUAAAAUAUGGACCAAUCGCUCACUUUUUUUAAAAUGUCUAAUCAUCUUGUUUGAUCCUGCCCCUUUUCGCAGAGCUGUACAACAGAAUUUUGCAUGCUCAAACUCUAGUGUGACCGCAGAUUCAGUGUGGGAUGAGUUUCACCAACUCCUCAGACCUUAAACACAUGAAGAUCCACACUGCUGUGAAAGAGUAUAUGUGCUUGAGUGUGAAAAGAUUUAUUACAGCUCCAAAAUUGAAACUGCACCAGACAAUUCACACUGGAGAGACCGUACAAGUGUUCACACUGUUACAAGAGGUUUAAUCAGUGAACACAUCUGAAAACACAGAAGAGGAUUCCCACUGGAGAGAAACUGUACAGAUCUGAUCAGUGUCUACAGAGUUUCGCUCAUUCGGCGCAGCUUAAGAAACACAUGGACAAAAAGUUGCCCACAUGACAUAAAUGCAGCAAAACAUUUUCUCAUGUGCAAAGGAUGUUUUAUGUCUGAAUAAUUUUUGAAAAGGCUGAGUGAUGGUAUACUGUUUUCCAACACUCCUACAUUGCAGUAGGUGGGGUUGUAAAUGUGUUGCGUUCCUCGCGUUUACCGUAAACACGAUGGCGGCUGAGAGAAGAACAGUUUCAUAAACAUCUGGCAAACAGCACGUCUGCGGCUUAAAAUCUCUUUGAAAUUUAUUGUACAGGUGCGGAUACAUUUGUACUCCACUCUCUAGUGUAUUCAUGUAGCUAGUGUUGUUUUAGAUGAUGUUCUUUGUCUGAAUCCCUGAAUGAGAAACAAAUCACUGUGAAGACACCGCACAUCAAAGAAGGUGGAGCUCCA